UGUGGUCCUUUGGCCGUUUACUCGAACGUAUUCGUAAGCAAUCGGCUAACUUCGUACUACAGAGCGGCAACAUAAUCCAGCCGAAACAUGAUGGCGGCUCAACAAAUACUCGAGUUCAUUUUUGAUUCAGUGUUGCUCGGACCGCGCCAGUCUAAACACGUGAUUGUGGCGCUAAAAAAUAAUCGAAAUCGUAUAGUUUCGUGUUCAAUUCCGUUAGUGAUAAAUAGAAGUGCAGAAUUCAGGUGUAAUUGUGUGGUUAUGUGGCGGCGAGUGAUAUGACAUCUUGUGCCGCCAGACGGACUCCGGCCGUCUUCAUGAGGAUACUGGUGACAAGUUUGGCCCCGAGAUCAUGGUGGCUCCCGAUUCCGAGGCUACUUCGAAUCCUCGGAUAGCGGCUGCACAAGAGAGCCCCUCCGCCGCCGAGGCGCGCCACAGCGCUGAUUUAUACAUACGGACCAGUUGGGUCGACGCAGCUUUAGCACUCUCAGAACUUGAAAAGGGAAACAUCGAAGGCGGCAGAACAUCACUGUGGAUACGGGCGUGGUUGCAGGAGCAACUAUUUAUAUUGGGGUGUUUUCUACAAGGCGACGCGGGGAAAGUACUAUUCGUCGCUAUAUUAGUCCUCUCCACGUUCUGUGUCGGCCUGAAGUCCGCACAAAUACACACGCGGGUCGACCAACUCUGGGUUCAAGAGGGUGGACGGCUUGAAGCAGAAUUGAAAUAUACAGCGCAAGCGCUGGGUGAAGCUGAUUCAUCGACACACCAACUCAUUAUACAAACCGCCAAAGAACCGGACGUUUCGUUGUUACAUCCCGGAGCAUUACUGGAGCACCUAAAGGUGGUACACGCAGCGACUCGGGUCACAAUUCACAUGUAUGAUAUCGAAUGGCGGCUCAAGGACCUCUGCUACAGCCCCAGCAUACCAGACUUCGAAGGGUACCACCACAUCGAGUCAAUCAUAGACAACGUCAUACCCUGCGCUAUUAUAACUCCCCUCGAUUGCUUCUGGGAAGGCUCCAAAUUGCUGGGUCCCGAUUAUCCCAUAUUUGUACCUCAUCUGAAACACAAGCUACAAUGGACGCACUUAAACCCUCUAGAAGUAAUCGAAGAAGUCAAGAAGCUCAAGUUCCAAUUCCCGCUCAGCACGAUGGAGGCGUACAUGAAGCGGGCUGGCAUCACGUCCGCCUACAUGAAGAAGCCGUGCCUGGACCCCACCGACCCGCACUGUCCUGCCACGGCGCCCAACAAGAAGUCUGGACACAUUCCAGAUGUAGCUGCCGAACUAUCCCACGGGUGCUACGGUUUCGCAGCGGCGUACAUGCACUGGCCGGAACAGCUGAUAGUCGGAGGUGCCACCAGAAACUCCACCUCAGCCUUACGGAGUGCCCGAGCCUUACAGACUGUAGUUCAAUUGAUGGGAGAGAGAGAAAUGUACGAAUAUUGGGCAGACCACUACAAAGUACAUCAAAUAGGCUGGAAUCAAGAGAAGGCUGCCGCUGUUCUAGACGCGUGGCAGAGGAAGUUUUCUGCUGAAGUCAAAAAAAUCACAACAUCAGGACAUGUCUCGGCGGCGUAUAGUUUUUAUCCAUUUUCCACUUCAACACUGAACGACAUUCUCGGCAAGUUCUCCGAAGUUUCUCUAAGGAAUAUUGUCUUAGGAUAUAUGUUUAUGUUAAUUUAUGUCGCUGUAACGUUAAUACAAUGGAGAGACCCGAUCCGCUCUCAAGCGGGUGUCGGUAUUGCUGGCGUCCUACUGCUUUCUAUCACUAUUGCAGCAGGCUUAGGCUUUUGCGCUUUGUUAGGUAUACCAUUCAAUGCUUCGAGUACGCAAAUAGUGCCUUUCUUAGCGUUAGGAUUAGGCGUUCAAGACAUGUUCCUUCUCACUCACACGUACGUGGAGCAAGCGGGAGAUGUGCCGCGGGAAGAGCGCACGGGGCUGGUCCUAAAGAAAAGCGGACUUAGCGUGCUGUUAGCGUCGCUUUGUAAUGUAAUGGCGUUUUUGGCAGCGGCUUUGUUGCCAAUACCGGCGUUCCGAGUAUUUUGUUUACAGGCGGCUAUACUACUACUUUUCACAUUGGGCUCAAUGCUCUUGGUGUUCCCUGCGAUGAUUUCACUUGACCUACGAAGAAGAUCAGCUGCCAGAGCGGAUCUCUUGUGUUGUUUAUUACCUGAAAGUCCACUGCCAAGAAAGAGACUGCCAGAAAGAUCGAAAAGUAGGAGUAGAAGAAAUGAAAAGAACAGGAUAGAUACAACCAGACAACCAUUAGAUCCAGAAGUAUCGGAAGAAGUCAAAACGUGUUGCCUCAGUAUUUCUCUAACGAAGUGGACUAGGAACCAUUAUGCUCCGUUCAUUAUGAGACCUUCUGUUAAGGUGACAUCAAUGUUAGCAUUAAUAGCCCUGAUACUAGCAAGUGUAUGGGGAACUACAAAAGUAAAGGAUGGAUUAGAUCUCACCGAUAUUGUCCCUGAAAAUACUGAUGAACACGAAUUCCUAUCUAGACAAGAGAAAUACUUCGGUUUUUACAACAUGUACGCCGUGACGCAGGGAGAUUUCGAAUACCCCACCAAUCAGAGAUUACUAUACGAAUACCACGAACAAUUCGUUAGAAUACCAAACAUUAUAAAGAAUGAUAACGGUGGUCUUCCGAAAUUCUGGCUAACUCUAUUUCGAGAAUGGCUCCUGGAUUUACAAGUUGCUUUUGACAAGGAAGUCGCGAGUGGCUGUAUAACUCAAGAAUACUGGUGUAAAAAUGCAAGCGACGAAGGGAUAUUGGCAUAUAAACUUAUGGUUCAGACGGGCCAUGUAGAUAAUCCUAUAGACAAAUCCUUGAUAAGCUCCGGACAUCGAUUGGUGGAUAAAGAAGGCAUUAUAAACCCGAAAGCAUUUUAUAAUUACUUAUCAGCUUGGGCAACAAAUGACGCAUUGGCAUACGGCGCUUCACAGGGAAAUUUAAAACCCCAACCACAAAGAUGGAUACAUUCGCCUGAAGAUGUUCAUUUGGAAAUUAAGAAAUCGUCCCCAUUGAUUUAUACACAGUUACCAUUUUAUUUGUCUGGUCUGAGUGAUACUGAUAGUAUUAAGGCAUUGAUAAUGUCGGUACGAGAGUUGUGUUUGAAGUACGAAGCGAAGGGAUUGCCGAACUUUCCAUCCGGGAUACCAUUUUUAUUCUGGGAGCAGUAUUUGUAUUUGAGAACGUCGCUAUUACUGGCUCUCGUUUGCGCUCUUGCUGCUGUUUUUGUGUGCGUAAUGAUCGCCGUGCUGAACGCGUGGGCGGCGCUGCUGGUGACGGUGUCGCUGGGCGCGCUGGUGCUGCAGCUGGUGGGCGCGAUGUCGCUGCUCGGCGUCAAGCUGUCCGCCAUGCCCGCCGUGCUGCUCGUGCUGGCCGUCGGCCGCGGGGUGCACUUCACGCUGCACCUGUGUCUGGGUUUCGUGACAUCGAUUGGUUGUAAGCGGCGUCGUGCAAGUCUAGCGCUGGAGAGUGUACUGGCGCCAGUAGUGCACGGUGCUGUGGCCGCAGCACUGGCCGCGUCAAUGCUAGCCGCUAGUGACUUCGGCUUUGUGGCAAGAUUGUUCCUGAGGCUACUGCUGGCUAUGGUCGUACUGGGAUUGAUCGAUGGACUUCUGUUCUUCCCGAUUAUCCUGUCGAUAUUGGGACCAGCUGCUGAGGUGAGACCGCUUGAGCAUCCAGAACGUCUCUCCACUCCGUCACCUAAAUGUUCUCCAGUACAUCCACGCAAAUCGAGUUCCAACUCGAGUAGUGGGGAUAAAUCCAGCAGAACUAAAUCAGCACCUCGUCCCUGUGCACCGUCCCUUACCACCAUCACUGAAGAACCGUCUAGUUGGCAUAGUUCCGCUCAUUCUGUACAAUCUUCUAUGCAAUCUAUAGUUGUUCAACCAGAAGUGGUGGUGGAAACUACGACGUACAAUGGAAGUGAUUCAGCGUCCGGAAGAUCAACGCCUACCUCGAAGACUUCGCACGCUGGAGCUAUAACUACAAAGGUAACCGCGACAGCCAACAUAAAAGUUGAAGUUGUGACGCCUAGCGACAGAAAGUCACGGAGAUCGUACCACUAUUACGAUCGCCGUAGAGAUCGAGAUGACGACCGUGACAGAGAUCGCGAUCGGGAUCGGGACCGUGAUAGAGACAGGGAUAGGGACCGGGACCGUGAGAGGGAGAGGGACAGAGAUAGAGAUAGGGAUCGUUCUCGUGAUAGGGAUAGGAGGGACCGGUACAGAGACGAGAGGGAACAUCGUGCGUCGCCGAGAGAGAAUGGAAGAGAUUCUGGACAUGAAAGUGAUUCGUCUCGACAUUGAUAUAACAAAAUUCACGCCUGGAUAGAGAUUUUAAGAAAAGUUAUAGUACUUAGAUGUUUAGAUCAAAUAGAGAUGAGCUACAAUAUAUAAAUGCAAUACCUACUUGUAUUAAAUAUCUCUAUCUAGGUAGGAUAUGUAACUAAAAAAAGUGAAAUUAACUUUUGGACUAUUUUUAUUUGAAUUUUAACGAUGACAAUUAUGUAUGGAUUGAAAGUGAAAUAAAAUUAAAAGCGCUGACUUAGAUAAGUGAAUGAAAUUUUAAAUUUUUGAUAAUGACAUCUUUACCUGCAGUUAUGAGGUCUUUUAGUUGUCGUAAGUGUAUAUGUGUUUUAAGGUCCCCUUAAGACAGUAUUACGAAGGUAUAAUAUUCAUUUUAGCGGAGGCUAUGUAUUUCGGUGCCUAGAAGUGCUAGUAACUGAAUCUCUAGAUCGGUAUCGCAAUAUUUGAGAUCCUUUCAAUCAUUCCAUAAUACUAGUGCUUCUAUUUAUUUCAGAAUUAAAUAGGAUUCAUUGAAUAAUCGAUAUGACGCGAAGCUGUUUGAUGAUAGAGAAUACUAUACAUUUGCCUUCAUAGACGCAAUGUAAUUGCUUAUUUCUUUAGUUCAAUCGCGUUGUAUCGCAUCCAACCACCGGGUUACUUGUACAGACCAAAUAUAAUAUUCUUUGUAUACAAUUAUUCUAGUGUGUUCCUAUUUUAAAGACAUUUUCAAUUCUUUUAUAUCAAUAUAAUUUGUUCAUAUUCGUCUAAAGACUGGGUCGAGUUAAUUUAUCAUAUUAUUUAUUCUGUGUCUAUAAUUUUAUAUUAAUUACACCAUGAGAUCUGUUACUCAGGUAUAUUGUACAAAUUAUUUAAGUAGAUUGUAUAUUAGUUAAGGUAUUAUUUAUGAGAUUACUAAGAUAUUCUUAUACAAAUGCUGUACUGUUGUGAUCUUUAUAAGCUCACGAUGUUGACGUUAAGACUGUGUUAAGAAAUCAGGGUACAAAUUAGGCCCUACCGCCCCUUAUUAAUAUUUGUAAAUCAUCAUACGAACAGACAAUGUUUUUAAUUACGUUUUUGGUUUUUUGAAGCUUCUUUAAUUUUAAAUUGUAAUAAAUCAAACGAAUCGUCGAAAAAAAACUGAAAUCUCUUGUAAUACUCAUUGGAAAAGGUUGUAAAAUCGAAAUUAUUGGUACAAACCUCACCUCAGAAGUUGACGAACGUUGUGACAAAUGUGCAGAGUACUUACUAGUUUCUAAUAAUUUAUCCUUAUUUAGCUCUAAAUGUGUAAAUAUAGUUCUUAAGUAGCGUAGGAAUGAACGCACAAGAUGAAAUGACUACACUUCCAUAUUUGAUAUUUUUAUACAAUUUUCAGUGACUUGUUGUCGAAAAACUAGUUUAGCGAUAUUUUCCAUUUUGUAAAAAAUAAAACGUAUCGGCAUUUUUAAAAUCAUUAAUUUUGUAUUUAUGAACUUCAUUCAUAGUACUUGCGGAUGUAUGCUAUUUUAAAUGUUGAAUUGCAUUUGACGAAUAUAAUAUGAUGUAAACAAAUUGAUAUGAAUCGUUAACGACUGUAUUGAGAAAAUAAAUAUUUUAUGUGUA